UCUCUUCCCAUUUCUCAACCUUUCAGAUGUUUGGGUCACUGUUUGAAAUCACGUGUACUCAUGGUAUAAAUGCACUUGCAUGCUUUCACUUUCAUCAAAGCAGAUGAACUCGUCUACAAACUACAACUACAUCAUGACAGAGAUUGAGAAAGCUGAUGUUAAGUCUAAGAGUCGUCUCCCAAGACUCAGUCUUCUGACGUUCCAUUACCGGGCCGUAGGAGACAAGGUCCACCUGAGUCAAGGGUGUCGCCAUGCAAAGAGAUCAAACGACAGCUUCAAAAACGGCCUUUUGUUCAGCAAUCGUCCCGUGAGCGUCCAGGAGCGGAUUCGGCUGCGAAUCGAGGCCAAUUCUGCCUCAUGGGACGGAACCAUGAGAGUGGGCUUAACCAGCGUUCCUCCAGACUCCCGAUCUCUGCCCCUGCCCAGUAUGGCCAUCCCUGACCUCAAUGACACCCACGGGCACUGGGUGGCUCCCAUGCAUGAAGAGUUCUGCAAGGCAGGAUCAGAGUUUGAGUUCUGGGUGUCAAGAUCGGGCCGCUUGUAUGUUUCCAACCAGAGCGUCCGGAAGCACAAGCUAUUAGAUGAAGUGACGCUCAGUCAGCCUGUGUGGGCCGUGUUUGACCUAUAUGGACAGACAUGCGCCAUUACUCUCUUGGGCUCUGAGAAACGCUUGAUGUGUUUCACCAUGAGGUCACGUCUGAGUCUGCCCUCGUCUGUUUCUGAUACAAACUCCAUGACAUCUGAUGACUUCUCCCAUCGCAACCAGUUGCUCUUGACAACAGAAGAGGGAGGAGAAGAAGCGACCUGUGUGGUAUGCCUGGGUGAGAAACCCAUCAUCUCUCUCCCUUGUGGCCACUGUUGUUUGUGUCGCGCGUGCGCAAUCAGGGUCUUUGAGAGUUUUGGGACGUGCCCCCUGUGCAGGCAGAGCAUGGACUCACCGCCAAUGUUUAGAAAGCUUGCCACUAGCAGGAUGGAGUUACCUUCUGAAUCCUAAGAGAGCUUGCUGCUGAAAGACAAUGAGAAUUUAUCAAUGUACCUUCAUGUGCUGUAACUCUCCAUCUUGCAGCACUUAUAAUUUGAUGUUGUGUUUCUUGAAGGUGGACAAAAUGAACUUUUAUUUGGAUGAAUAAUACAAACUGUGCAUGAUCUGUUUCAUGUUCUUUAAGUUCUUCGGAAAGGCGAAGCUUUGUUUGUACUGUUAUUCAAUAGUUUUUGUAUUGAUGAUGUAAUAAAAAUAUAUGUAUUUAUACAAAUGCAAACAUGAAACACAAUAGAAAGCCACUGCUGAUAUCACCAGAUAACCUUCAUGGUUCAAAAGAAUCCAUUCAGUGACACUGCUGGAUGUCAAGUUAAGAUAAGAUUUAUCGGCAUUGUAUGGUGAGAUACAACGAAAUUGGGCAGUUUAUUCAUAUUUCAAAAAGAGAUGGUCCCACUGACAAAAAUAGAAAUAACAUUGGAUAAAUCUUUGAUAGCACUUUAGUGCUCCCAUUGUAAAAACUUAUAGGUGAUGUUUUAAGGAAGACUUCACCAUUCUUAUAGACAUACAAUGUUAAACUAUUAUGUUAAUAAAUUCGCUCACUAAAUGCAGAA